UCGCCCCAAUAUGGAUUCCCGCGGAAGCUCGUCGCCUGCCACCCUCCUCCGCUGCAACAGUAGCUCGGCGCGCACGCUCCCCCUCGUAGUUGUGCAGCUGUUUCAGUGCAGGAUGCGCUCUGCCCUGUGAGACUCGUCCUCGAAGCUGAGGGAGCUUUCGGCCGCGCUUGCGACGGUAGGUUAUAUUAUUAUAGAGUACGGUUUCACGUCGUAGCACAAGUGCGCGAGAGACGAGUCGCGAUGAGUGACGAGGCCGGCCCGAGCAGCAGCACCACCAGGGCUAGUCUCAAACCCUCGCAGGGCUACCUCUACGCCUGUCAGAGGGCAGAACUGCUGGGCCUACCGACGCCCACCGAGGCCGAGUGGCUCGCCAGCGAGGAAUGCGCCAGGGAGCGCGAGGCGCAGGAGCAGGACGCCCACGACGACGCCGUCGCGCAGGAAUUGGAUGAAAAGGAGGAGGGCAUGAAACGCGUUGGCGGAGGAUUAGACGAGCUGAAUACGAUUCUAAACGCAACGCAAAAGAAGAUCAACAAGUUUAAGACGGUAUGCGGCAGUAUAGGUACGUUGCUGAAAGCCCGCGUCUCCUCACAACCGGGCACACCCGAGCACAAGUCCCGCGCAGGUUCGUCGACGGAACCGCAACCCGGCGACGAAGAAAAUCCAGAGCAGGAGCAGCCACCGGAAACGAACGAAGAGGCUCAACCGGACUCGGAACCUGGAGUCGAGAGGCCGAGGAUGACCGCCAAGAAGACCGACCUCAAUGCCAAGGUUGGCUCGCACCUCGACAAACUCGACUCGCUCAUCACCAAGGCUGAGAACGCCCAAUAUAGCAUGAAGCACCAGAACAAGCAGAUGAAGUCCUUUCUCAAAUGAAUUGAGAUAUCGAAAUGUAUUUCAUUGCUCCACACAUCUCUAUUCAGUUAAUUAAGCUAUACUUUGUGUUCUAUUUCCAUCUGGACUAAUUAGUUUAUGAGAUUUUGAAAGCCGUUCGUUAAUUUUACGAAGAUUUAUUUGGAUGAUAGGGAAAGAAGGGCAGAUUCAGCGAGUUUUUGUCACGUCUGAACAGAAUAACACCUUAAUUUUGUCAGAUUUAUUUGUAAAGUGUAAUAGUUUGUUACAUUUCUGUAUUAUUUGUCUUUUAGGUUUUUUUUUUAUUUCAUAAUAAUAAUUAUACUAUAGUUCAUCUUGAGUCACAUAAAAGUCAUAAUAAUUUCAAUCAUUUUUUUACCAUCAUAAAAGUAUUAUCUAAUGUUUACUUUUUAUUAAGCUCGACACUCAGUAAUAAGGAGAAUGAGUUUCAAUGCAGACAAUGCCUCUGUGAAGGGAUAUAAGCAUAUGUACUAUGAAGAAUCACAUUUACAGAUUUUGAACACAUAACAUUAAAUGACGAAAAAAACUUUUGAAAAUAUAAAUAAGUACACAUACUCUUUUAAGAAUAAUCUAUAAAUACAACGAAAAUGGAUUUCAAUCAUCGAAGUAAAUAAGCUUCUCCAUUAUAUAACGAUAUAAUUGUUAAAGGCCAAACUAUGUAUGUUAUUUAUAACUUUUUUUCAUUAUGUUUUAGUAACGAUGAUGAAGGCCAAUUAUGAAAAACAAAAAAUUCUUCCUGAUUCUACGUCGAAAUAUUUCAUUUUAAACAUAUAUUCGAUCAAUAAUACACUUUUGUACUGAAAAAAUGUAUAAAUGCAGGAUUUUUAAAGCUUGACAGAAAACUUGUAAUGUUUGCUAUGCAAAUGUCAAAUGUUAACGAAUUUUUAGAAAUUUUUGCAAAUGAAGUCUUCCUUUUCAUUUUCUGCAAUAUUAUAUUCAACAGCUGACGAAUAUAAGUAUAAAAAAAUUGAAAUGAGAACACUGUGUGAUACUCCGUAGUUAAAUGGAUUCUUGUGGAACGUUUUUGAAACAGGGCAGCUUACCGAUUACUUUCUUCAAGUCGAAAAACUUUCAACCAGUAUCCAUGAAUUCUAAUAAGGGAUUACACUCGAGGGUAGUCGAUUUUCGUGGAACGUUUUUGAAAUGCUCUCGUGCCUUCUGAUUGGUUAGAUUUUUUUAAUCGAACGAUCUGAUUGGUGUAUUUCAAAAACGUUCCAUCGCCAGAGUUACCUUCCGCCCGCAAAACGGAAGUAUUGAGUGGUUUCUCUUGUAAUUGCAAUAGUCGUUUUUUUUGUCUUCGAAGUUUUUGGAAAUAUUGUACUAAAUACUUGUAUACAUUACAAAAUAAUUAGAAUACGUGAGAUGCUUUGAUGCACGAUGAACAUAUCAUUGUAAGAAUCAACAAAAAAAAAAAAAAAACGACAAAUAAAUUAUGGUGUAACACAUUCAUACUGAUUGAAACACGUUGUGCAAUGUGCGAGGGUGCAGCGAGCGAUGUGAAUGUAUUGCAAUGUUAAGUUAUACAAAAAUAAAUACACCGCAAUUUUUUGGUGGUGCAAAUUAGUUGUGCAAUUUUGUGCCUCGCGUCAUAAUUACUGAUCAAUAUUUUUUCUUGAGUUAUAUACUGUGCAAAAAACUGUGAAAAUCGUCGUAUUGAACAAAUUUGGUGUACGUUUAAACUUCUAAAAUAUUGAAUGAAAUAAAAGUACAAUGUAGACAUA